CAUGACGCAACUUGAAAGCCGUCAUUGGUGGCCGAAGUUGUCACAAGUGUGUACAGGUGACUGGAGUACAACAAGUCACAUCAAUAACAUCACGGCACGGAGAGCUGAAGAAAAAUAAAUAGCGACCCGAGUGCAAAUUCGCGGUGCGGCACAUGCCACGUUGAUUAGUUGAAAGUACCGAGAAGUCGCGGCGGGACAGUUACGUGGCCUGCUCCCAGUGCAGAACAGAACAGUGGAAUCCGUAGCUGUCAAACAGUUACAGCGCUAACUCCAACAAGCCUCGCAAUUUUCCAAACCUAAUCCCAACUCCGCUCUGUCUGACCUUCAGCGGGCUGUGUUGGGGGCUCGGAGAUGUAGAGACCAGCGUGUGGUGGAAGACUCCCAGUUCACUUUCAGCACUUUUCACACAAAGAGGGACGUCGGCCGUCGGGCUGGACUGCGCCCCGCUCGCAGCCCGCCCCCCACGCCCCCCCCGCCAUGGCCUCGCGGAUCGGCCUGCGGCUGCAGCUGAUGCGGGACCAGCUGCAGCAGGAGGAGCAGCGGGAACGGCGGCAGCAGCAGCAGCAGCAGCAGGCCGCAGCCCUGGGCUACAUGCAGCACCGCAUGCCGGGGCCCCCCACCCCCGCCAUCAACGCCCCCCCACACUUUCAGGGGCCCAUGCAGGUCCCCGUGGAGGUGCUGAGGGUACAGACGCACCUGGAGAACCCGACAGACUACCACAUCCGCCAGUCCCAGCGGCAGCAGCUGAAGGAGUACCUGUCAGCCACCUACACCAGCAAGCAGGCGACACAGCCCUCGCCCCCCCCCGCCCCCCCCGCCGCCCGCAGCCCCGCCCCUCUGCCCUCGCCCCACAUCCGCGCCGAGCAGCUCAUGGGCUCCUCGGGAAACAGCACCCCCAACAGCCCCAUGGCCCUGCUGGACAUCGGCAACGGGGGCCGCGAGAACGAGAUGGAUGAUGUCAUCGAUGACAUCAUCAGUUUGCAGUCCAGCUACGACGACGUGCAGGGGUACAUUGACCCCAUGGUUCAGAUGCCAAACACACUGCCCUUGUCCAGCAGUCACAUGGAUGUCUACACCACGCCCGGAAUGCCUGGAGCCGGCAUCGCCAUGACCAGCAACUCCUGCCCCGCCAACCUCGCCAUCAAGAAGGAGCUGUCGGAUGCAGAAGCACGUGCAAUGGCCAAGGAGAGACAGAAGAAAGACAACCACAACCUGAUUGAAAGGAGGAGGAGAUUCAACAUCAAUGACCGCAUCAAAGAGCUGGGAACCAUGAUCCCCAAAACUAACGACCUGGACGUGCGCUGGAACAAAGGCACGAUCCUGCGGGCCUCGGUGGAGUACAUUAAGCGCAUGCAGCGGGACAUGCAGCGCACCCGCGAGGUGGAGAACAACUUCAAGCGCAUGGAGAUGGCCAACAAGCAGCUGUGGCUCCGCAUCCAGGAGCUGGAGAUGCAGGCUCGAAUCCACGGCCUUCCUAGUAACUCGCCUUCAGUCCUGAGCAGCCCGGAGGAGCAGGCGGGGGGGGAUCUGCAGCCCCCCCACCCCGGCCACCCAAACCACGCCCCCCACCCCGGCCGGCAGCCCCUGCAGUACCCCACCGUGGGGAGCUCCCAGCACUUUGACUUUGCUCAGUCGCUGGACCUGUGCGACGGGGGGCCCCUGUACACUGACCCCCUGACCCAGCUGAGCGAGCUGUCGGCCCUGGGGGGCCCCGGGAAGAAGGGGGCUGAUUUGGGGUUCAUGCUGAUGGAGGAGGGCCUGUCCCCGCUCGGGGGGGACCCCCUGCUCUCCGCCAUGUCCCCCCAGGAGUCCGUGGACAGCAGCCGACGCAGCAGCUUCAGCAUCGAGGACUCAGACAUACUGUGACCUCAUACUUACACAUACAUAUACAUGUACAUAUACACACUCAUAUACGCAUACACACACUCAGACAUAC